AACCAUAUGCGAAUUGCAUGAUGACAUUUCAACUUCCUAACUUAAAUGUUAAUGUUUUUAUAUCACUUUUCAUGCCAAAAUUUAUUUUCUGUAUGAAUAUGUCCCAUCAUUUCAUUGGAUUUUGGACUGAGUUGGGGUAGGUAUAAAAUACAGUGUUAGUGUGUCAUUUAAAAAAAAAAAAAAAAAUACCCACUUUUAUAAAUUUUCCUUAGUAAUAGAUGGUUCUGCAAUUGUGAUUUAUGGGAUUAAUGAAUGUUUAAUGAAAAUAAUGACAUUUUAUAAAUUUACCAUUUGUGUUAUAUAGCUUUAUAUGCUGUUAUUUUGCAGUAAAUCUAUUUUGAUCAGUUUUAUAAAUAUGCCCUUUGGGUAGUAAUGAUAAUUGCUCAUUAUCUAAUUAAGUUAUUAUUCAUAUGCCCUUUUGAGCUUUUUGAUGUGUAGCUAGUAAAUGAGUAACAGUUCAGGCUUUUAAAGUUCGAUUCCACAUCUACCAAAGCCUCACAUCCAGUAUGUUGACACUGCUUGUUUUGUAUUACAGAGAUUAACUGACAAUACUGAGUCUGAAGACAGAAGAAAUAUAAGUAUUCCUAUAAUAAGGAAACUUGGUAUAACGAAAGAACUAAAAUGAAAGAGAUUAAAAAUAUCCUUAUUGUUUCUUUUGGGUUUUUGCUCUUGUUCACAGCAUUUGGGGGACUUCAGAGCUUGCAAAGCAGUCUCAAUUCUGAUGAAGGCUUAGGAGUUGCUUCCCUAAGUGUAAUUUAUGGUGCACUUAUUAUAUCUUCUGUGUUCGUUCCUUCUAUUCUCAUUAAGAAGAUAGGCUGCAAAUGGACCAUUGUUGCUUCUAUGUGUUGCUAUAUUACUUAUUCCCUUGGAAAUUUCUAUGCCAGCUGGUAUACCCUCAUUCCCACAUCUUUGAUUUUAGGAUUUGGAGGGGCUCCAUUGUGGGCAGCAAAAUGCACAUAUUUGACAGAGAGCGGAAAUCGCUAUGCAGAGAAAAAAGGAAAGCUUGCAAAAGAUAUUGUUAAUCAAUACUUUGGCCUUUUCUUUCUGAUAUUCCAGUCAUCUGGUGUUUGGGGGAACCUCAUUUCAUCCUUGAUUUUUGGCCAGGAUUCCCCUGCAGGAUCAAAUAAUAGUUUUCCUGACUAUUCACAUUGUGGAGCAAAUGACUGUCCAGGUUCUAAUUUUGGCAACGGAACUGGCUCAAUAAAGCCAACCCAAAGCUUGAUAUAUACUCUUUUAGGUGUUUAUACAGGCAGCGGGGUGCUUGCUGUUAUACUUAUCGCUGUAUUUUUGGAUACCAUCAAUUUGAGAACUGAUCAGCUGAAACCUGGAACUAAGGAAGAAUCCUUUAUUAAAAAGAUCUUGGCGACUAUCAGACAUCUUAAAGAUAAACGGCAAUGUCUUCUUAUCCCUUUAACCAUGUACAGUGGGUUUGAACAAGGAUUUCUUGCUGGUGACUAUACAAAAUCCUAUGUUACCUGCAGCCUUGGGAUCCAUUUUGUUGGCUAUGUAAUGAUUUGCUUUGCAGCAACCAACGCAGUUUGUUCUUUGUUAUUCGGACAACUUUCCAAAUACACAGGGAGGAUAUUUCUUUUUAUCAUGGCUGCUGUACUUAAUGCUGCAAGCAUAAUCGCACUACUUCUAUGGCAGCCACAUCCAAAUGAUUUUGCGGUGUUCUUCAUAUUCCCAGCCAUCUGGGGCAUAGCAGAUGCCGUCUGGCAGACACAAACAAAUGCUCUCUAUGGGGUAUUGUUUGAUGAACACAAGGAAGCAGCAUUUGCCAAUUAUCGCCUGUGGGAGUCUUUGGGAUUUGUUAUAGCUUAUGGCUAUAGUACAUUUUUAUGUGUCUCUAUCAAGUUGUACAUUUUACUAGCAGUGUUGUUGAUAGCUAUUGUAUUAUAUGGAUGUGUUGAAUAUCUUGAGUAUGUCGAGCACAAAAAAGCAACAAGUACUAGUAUUUCACAAAACGAGGACAACAAUUCACUGUACAAGCAGACACCUAUGUAGCUGUUUGCAUUAUAUAAAUUUGUAUCCAACUUUUUAAUUAACAUUAUGGAUUUGUUAAAAAAAAAAAAAAAUAUU